UUUUUUUUCGUUGUUUGUUUAUAACAGUGAAAAUAUUCAUUUCAAGUGAAAAUCUUUGUGUUGUUUUUCUGUUUGAUUGAAAAUUUCGUAAGGAAAUUCUGAAGCAAAGAAAAAAAAUGGAAACCUGCGUGUUAAUACCAUCGGAAUUUAGCCUAAUGCUGAGGGCAAAAGAUUCAUAUCUACAUUUGUUGAAUGGAUUGAAAAAUUUAAAAAAUCACCAUCAUCACCAUAAUCAUCAUCAGAAUAAUAAUCGUCAACAAAAUGCAACAGAAAAACGUACCGAAUCAGAAACUGGUGUUUGUGUUUAUAGUAAUCAAUCGAUACCAAAAGGUACAUGUUUUUUACCAUUUCAAGGUACAAUACGUUUGGAUCGUUUAGAUGUUUAUUCAUUAUUAAAUGAUGAUGAUAUACGAAAUAAAUUCGGAUGUUUCGAUGAAAUACGUGAAAUUGAUCGAAAUAAAAAAAUUCGUCAUUGUAAUUGGAUACGUUUUGUAACGAUAACUAAAUUAUUAAAUGAAAAUGUUAAUCUAAUCGGACGGAUUAUACGUGGUGAAGUUAUUUAUGAAUGUAUACAACGUAUUGAUUCGAAUAAAGAAAUUGUUGUUUAUUAUGAUCUCAAAAAUAUUGAUGAUUUUAAUAUGAAUUAUCAACAACAACAUCAGCAACAACAACAAACAUCAUUAUUUCAUCAAUUUUAUCCAUCCAUGUUUGGAUCAACAUUUUUUCGUCCUAAUCAUCAUCAUCAUUCGUUUAUUUGUCGUCAAACGUUACAAGAUAGUCCACUUGAUCUUUCAAUGUCAUUAUUAGCAUCACCAUCUGAAUCAUCAACAACAUCAUCAAUAUCAUCAACAUCAUCAUCAUCUGGAUCUAGAUCUGGAUCAUCAUCCGGUUCUUAUUCAUUUUUACAUCAACAACAACAACAGCAACAACAAAAUGAAAAUCAUCAACCCUUUACAUUUCCAUUUACAUCAAUGUUGUCAGCCGCAGCAGCAACAGCAUCAGCAACAACAACAUCGACAACAGCAUCGUCAGAUUAUCAUUCACAAGAAUUUCUGACAUCCAAACAAAUAUUAACAGCAAGAAAAUUAUUAUUAUCAUCAUUAGCGGCAGCAGCAGCAGCUGCUGCUGCUGUUGCACCAUCAUCAACAACAACAAUUUCGCAAACAACAACAGCGACACCUAAAACAAUUGAUCUCUCAAUGACCAAUAUCAAGAAUAAAAUUCAACUGAAAUCUCAACAUCAACCAAGAUUACCAAGUUCACCUGAAUCGGUUAUCGAUGAUAUUAUCAAUGAGGAGGAUGAUGAAAAAAUCAAUGUUGAUAAUGAUUGUGAUGAUAUUAUGAUCGAUGUUGAUGAUAAUCAUCAUCAUCAACAUCGAAAUGGUGAUGAUAUGGUUUUACAAGCAAAAAAUACAAAUGCUGCUGCAGCAAAUCAAUCAAAAUUAUCAUCAACAGCAGCAACAAAAAUUGUAUUAAAAGAUAUUGAAACAAUGAAAUCAUUAGCUAAUCAUUUAGUUGUGAAAAAACCACGUGAACGUACAAUGUUACCAUGUGAAUAUUGUGGUAAAGCAUUUGAUCGUCCAUCAUUAUUACGUCGUCAUUUGCGUACACAUACGGGUGAAAAGCCACAUGUUUGUGAUGUUUGUGGUAAAGGAUUUAGUACAUCAUCAUCGUUGAAUACACAUCGUCGUAUACAUUCGGGUGAAAAACCACAUCAAUGUCCAAUAUGUGGAAAACGUUUUACAGCUAGUUCGAAUCUUUAUUAUCAUCGUAUGACACAUAAUAAGGUAAAACCACAUGCUUGUCAAUUGUGUUCCAAGUCAUUUCCAACACCAGGUGAUCUUAAAAGCCAUAUGUAUGUACAUAAUGGUUCAUGGCCAUUUAAAUGUUCCAUUUGUAAUCGUGGUUUUAGUAAACAAACUAAUCUUCGUAAUCAUAUGUUAUUACAUUCAGGAGAUAAACCACAUGAAUGUGAAAUCUGUCAAAAAAGAUUUGCAUUAGCAUGUAAUUUACGUGCACAUAUGAAAACGCAUGAUGAACAAACGCAGCAACAACAGCAACAACGUCAAUCGCCGCAUCAAUCAUCGCAAUCAGCAUCACCAACAUUGGAAAAAUGUUUACGUUGCAGUCGUAAUUAUCAGAUGAAUGGUUUGAUUACAUCAUUUGGUUAUUGUCAUGAUUGUUGUUUGCUAAUCAAUGGUAAUGUUGCAGCAAAUUUAGUACGGCCAUUACGUUAAUCAAAAUAAGAAAGAAUUCCUGGGAAAAAUUUCUGGGAAAAUUCCCGAAAAACAACUGCCAAUAGUGCGA